AUGGAUUGCACGGAAAUGCCGGCUUCUUUGUGCCGUCGGGACGGGUUUCGAACCCUAAGCCGAACCAGUUCCGUCUUUACCGACACUAUUUUGGAGGAAACGGCCAAUGCCGCCACCUUAGCUUACGAAGUAAACCGAACUGCGUCGUGUAACGAGGAUAUCCAAGAGGAGGAGGAUUGCGAGGAGUUACUACUUACAGGGCAAGAUGAGGCUUACGAAGGGGUCGGGUGCUGUCCUUCGCUGACCUACAGCAGCUUAAAGCCACAGCAGAAACGCCGGCUACUGCUACCUACAGAAAUUCCAAGAAAUUCCGCCUUCGAUUGCUCUAAUAGUGCCUCGACCCCGUGUAAUGUAUCAAGCUCGCCGACACAGGCAGCCGUUUCGCACGAGGGUUACUUUUCGUCCGCUCUCGCCGCGUCCCCGUGUCGUGACUCUAACGCCGCACCGAGAUCCCCUGGAGCUGCAUUGUCGUGCUUCAGCGCCACUGGGAAUGAUGACGCAUGCGGUUCGGCCGAAGAGAGCGACAGUUGGGAGAACGCGGAGACGGCGAGAGAAGAAAGAGCGGAUUAUGCAAGGGAGAGUGAGCGCCGAGCGUACAGGAGUGAAUCGAUUUCGAAAGAGGGGACUGAGGAAUAUCACGCAUCUGAUCAUGAUGGGGGACAUGGGCCUGAUGAUGAGGUGCAUGAGACUGAUGAUGCGGGGUAUGCGUCUGAUCAUGGCCGGGGGUAUGAGGUGGGUCCUGGGGAGGAUGUGGCGGAGAGAGCUAAGCUCGAGGAGGCGGAGAAGGCUAUGCAGGAGCAAUGCAUGGCGGAAGAGGGGAUCGCGGAGGAGGCGGAGAACGGGCGACAGCGGCAGCAACAUGAGUGGCGGCAGCAGUCGUGGGUGUCGAGUGUGGAGUGGUUCGUGUCGUGGCCGCUCAGGCGACUCAGCCACCCGUGGCGCAAGCGUCUGCUGUGGGUGUGGGUGCUGGUGGUGGCAGCGGCUAUCCGGUUUCUUCACCAUCCCUCCUGUGGGUCACUUUCUCCCCGGUACGGCACCCUCUCUCCUCUCCGUCCCCCGUUUCAGCGAGUGCUGUGGGUGUGGGUGGUGCUAGCAGCGGCUAUCCUGCUGAUGGUGUUCGCGGCGGCGAGGCGGCACGCCAAGACAAACGAGAGGGACGACUUGGAGUCGCACUGCGGCGAGUGGGGGUCGUUCAUAGAGGCCAAGUUUAACACCACAGCUGCCAACACACGCUCUAUUUCCGACUUCAUCCGCGCCUACUACCUUGAUACCAUGAAGGAGGACUUUCGUGACUUGGCGAAAUUCCAGCGGUUCACUCAAGCUACUCUCGACAGUCGACCCAUGGCCUCACUCGUGGCAUUCACUCUUCUCAUCAACAACUCGUUCAUCCGAGACAGAAUCGAAAAGACCUCUGGGGGCUGCUUCUAUGCGUUCGAGCCCAACGGCUCUGUGUCCUGCCAGCCCCCUGGCCUGCCCCUCUACGCGCCACUGCUUGUCUUCAACUCACGCAAGGACUUCACCCGUCGCCUGAAGCCCGCUGAUGGCUGCUGCUACGACAUGCUGGAGUCCCUUCCCCCUCAUCUCAUUCACCCCAUCCUUCUCCCCGCUGCCUCCCACCGCCCCACCCAGGCCAGCACUGGGCUUCAUAAUCCAUCGGGCAUGAUUCAUCAAAUUCACCCGCCUCGUCCGUUUUUUGAGUCGACUCCAAAAUCGACUAACUACAGCAGUGGGCUUCAUGAUCCAUCGGGCAUGAUUCAUCAAAUUCACCCGCCUCACCCAGCAGCGAGUGACAUGAUCCACCGUUCUAUCGACUCAGCCUCCUCCGUAAUGUCUCCGCCCUUCAUGCGUGACAACUACCCCUACCACUUCAUCAGUCAAGUCUUCCCAGUCUACUUCAACCUCACCACCUUCGCCCUGCCUCCCUCGCCCUCCCCUCCGUCCAUCGCCAUCCCUCCGCUUGCCACCCCCGGCCCCGGGGUGCUUCCACGGGGGUUUGUCAUUGCGGGGUAUAACUUUGCAAACCUGCGGUCGCUGGCGGGGUUUCAGCAGCUGGUGGAGCUGAAGACGAGGGUUUAUCUUGUGGAUGGGACGAGGGGCGGGGCGUGGGACGGUGCGCGGAAUGAAAGUGCACGGAAUGAGGACGGAAAGAGUAGCAGAUGGAUGCCUGCGCUAUUAUUUGACCAUGAGGGGGUGGUGGGUGAGGAGGAGAUUGGUGCGUGGAUGGUGGAUGGGGAGGAGCAGCAGCGGGAGAGAGUGAGACGGGCGGUGAAUCUGGGAGAUCCAACAAAAAGGCACACCUCCUACACCCGCCCGUUCGGCCCCUUCAUAUGGAUAAUAGUUGCGGCUCUCUUCCUGACCGUCUCCACCUUCUUUCUCUGGACGUGCAUUCAGCUCAUGCACGCCUUUGAGUGCGACUGCCGGCAACUAACCGUGGCGCAGCACGAGCUCCGCGCCGCUCGAGUGGAAGCUGAGGCGGCGGGCCGCGCCAAGGGAGACUUUCUCACCACCGUGAGCCACGAGAUCCGCACACCCAUGAAUGGUGUGAUUGGUAAGUACGUUUCGAGGCGCCUCUAUGGCAUGUUAAACCUGCUACAAGAAACCCCACUGGACGGCACGCAGCAGGACUACGCGGAAACGGCGUGCAGCAGCGGGCGGGCGCUGUGUGCGCUGAUCAACGACAUUCUCGACCUCUCCAAGAUCGAGGCCGAGAAGCUCCGCUUGGAACGGAUUCCCUUGAAUCUGAGGGCCGAGCUCGACGACGUGCUCGCUCUCUUCGUGGAGAGCACCCAGGAGAAGCGCUGCGUGGAGCUCGCCGCGUUUGUGGCCGACGAUGUGCCCGAGAUGCUGCUUGGGGAUCCACUCCGAGUGAAGCAGGUGCGUGUGGUGUUGGAAGUACACAUGAGCCACACACACACCUGCCAACCAGCACCAGCAGAAGCAGCAUCAGGCAGCAUGUGGGCAGGAGGGCGUGUGUGUGGUGAGUGUGGACGACCGGCCGGUGCGGCAUGCCGUCACUCUCUCUCUGCUGCGCCGCCUUGGCAUCUGCACCCUCCCCUGCCCCUCCUUCCACCUCCUCCCCCGCCUCCUCGCCCAACACCACUCCUUGCACCAUGCAGAGCAGAAGCAGGGGCAGGAGCAGGAGCUGAAGCAGGGGCAGGAGCAGGAGCUGAAGCAGGGGCAGGAGCAGGAGCUGAAGCAGGGGCAGGAGCAGGGGCAGGAGCAGGGGCAGGAGCAGGAGCAGGAGCAGGAGCAGGGGCAGGAGCAGGAGCAGGGGCAGGAGCAGGAGCAGGAGCAGGAGCAGGAGCAGGAGCAGGAGCAGGGGCAGGAGCAGGAGCAGGAGCAGGAGCAGGGGCAGGGGCAGGGGCAGGGGCAGGGGCAGCAGCAGGGGCAGGAGCACGGGCAGGAGCAGCAGCAGGGGCAGGAGCAGGGGCAGGAGCAGGAGCAGGGGCAGGAGCAGGGGCAGGAGCGGCUUCCCUGCUCACAAGCCAGCAGAGGACCCAUCAGCAACCAUUCUUAUCCCCCUCUAAAGAAUCGUCUCGAGCUAUUAAAUUGUCCUCUCGAGCCGCUGCUUCAGCCUUUCGAGCCUCCUCUUGA